CCAAUAGAGUCCCCAAAACCGAGUUAACUCGUGAAGUAACUCGCUGUGUCGUACUUCUCUUUCUCGAUUCGGAUCGGAAGCUCUCUGCUGCAACGGGAAGGAGUGGAAACCUAACCCCAAAACCUUUCUCUUUGUGAUGGAUUUACCGCCGUUGAAAAACCCAAUCGAAGAUUUGUUCGGAGAAGACUCCGACAACGACUCUCGAUCUUCGCGCUCGAAAUCCUCCUCCUCCGGCUCCUCCUCCUCCUCCUCGUCUGGCUCAGCUUCGUCUUCCGCGGCGUCGUCCUCUAAAGGCGGAGGAGGAGGUGGUGGUGGUAGCAGCUCAAGCGGUAGCGGAAGCAGCGGCGGGAGAGAGGAGCAUGGAGAUGAUGAUGAUGACGGAGUAGAUAGCUAUAGGGGAAACGAUAAUGGAGAAACUGGAGUUUACGCUUACCACGAAGAAGAAGAUGAGAAAGAUCUGUUUGGGUCUGAUAAUGAAGAGUACACUAAGACACCUGCUUUAAGCACUUACUCUAUUCCUGUUUUGCCUGCGGGAUGGAGCAAUGACAAUAACCAUGGUGGGAGAGGAGGAAUGGGACGUGGGCGUUGGUCUAAUGGGAGAGGAGGACCUGGGCUUCUCCCUCGUCCCGGGCCUUACCCUGGAGGACGUGGUGGCCGUGGUGGGAGGUACCAGAGUUAUCAGCGUGAUGAGCGUUUUGUUUCUGAGCUUAAACUUUCUAAGAGUAAAGAAACUUUGUCUAGGAAAUCUACCGUCUUUCAGGAGCCGUGUGAGCUUACUAGCUACAGUCGUGUAGAAGGUGGAGAAGUGUUCUAUGAUGAGCGAGGAUUGAGGCUUUUCAAGCGUCAUGUUUCUGAAGACAUUGGAGCGGAUUUAAAUCAAGGUUAUGAUACUUUUAUUGAGAAAAUAGAUCUGGGCUCUGAGGGAUUUGGUGACCUUCUUGGCAGCAUAAGAGCAAAAAACAUUUCGUUGGAGAACAUUCAUUUUGUGACAUUCCGUAAUAAUCUGAACAAGAUACUGGGGGCUGCUUACAAUCGGCAUGAGCCAUGGGAAAUGGGUGUGCAUAAGAGGAAUGGAACCAUAUAUCUGGAUGUCCAUAAACUGCCUGAAAGGCCACAGAGUGACUUAGAUCGCCGCAGAUGUUACUGGGGAUAUUGUUUCGAAAGCCUUGCAACGGAAGAUCCAGGAAGAGCAUAUGGGGAAGAAAUACACCACGUGGAUGCCAAUGUUGAAUUCUGUUCUGUUGUCAAGACUAAACUCGGAGCUCACCGUGUUCUGAUGGGUGCUGAAAUGGAUUGCUGCGAUGAAACUGAUGAAGGAAGGAGGAUUUAUAUAGAGUUGAAAACUACUCGCGAGUUGGAUGAUCGUACCGUAGAGAGAUAUGAGAGAGAGAAACUGCUUAAAUUCUGGGUAGGUACAAAGUAUGGUGUCUCACGAAUUGCAUAUUCUCCUUUCUUGUGGAUUCUUAGAAGUAACAAUGAGAAAACUGGUUUAUUGUUGCAGAUACAAUCAUUUGUAGCAGGAGUGCCAUACAUUGUCGUUGGAUAUAGAGAUGAUGGAGGGAGACUAGUACGCACAGAGAGACUGAGAACAAAAGAUAUCGCACACAGAGCCAGACUGAAAAACUACUGGCAGGGAGGAGUGUGCUUGGCAUUUGCUGAUGAGGUUCUUUGCUGGCUAUACGGCACUGUUAAAGAGAACGAAGAUUACACACUACAGUUCGUGCAUCCAUUCAUGAGGCUAGAGCUUCUUCAAGCUCAGUCUUGUCCUGACGCCAUCACUAAUCAUGUUCACCUUCUUCAACAUCCUUCAUCACCACCACCACCACUCCCACCUCAGUAACUCUCUUUGUGAUUCUUUAAUGGAAGUUUAGUACUUAGAGAUCAGAAUCAAAAAAAUUAUUUUGAAUAAAGCUUUGUUUAUUUUGGAUUUCUCUUGUAACUUCUAAGUUAACCAUCCCAAGGCCAAGCAAUGAAAAAUGUCACUUGAAGAUUUUAUAUUUGGUUUAA